AUGGAGAAAUGUGAUAAAGACUAUAGUGACUCUUCUCUGCUACAGGCAGCUGAGGAACAAAGCAUUGAGAAAUGUGAUAAAGACUAUAGUCACUCAUCUCAGCUAGGGGAACAAACCAAGACAAAUUCAGACACAGAGCUAGACAAUUCCAAAUGUGUUCCAUAUUUUGAUGACCUGUCUCAGUCAGAGGUAUACAAGACACAUAGAGAGAAGAAAAAAGACAUGCCUUAUCUGUCUACUGAAUAUUUUGAUGACCUGUCUCAGCCAGAGGUAUACAAGACACACAGAGAGAAGAAAAAAGACAUGCCUUAUCUGUCUACUGAAGAUUUUGAUGACCUGUCUCAGCCAGAGGUAUACAAGACACAUAGAGAGAAGAAAAAAGACAUGUCUUAUCUGUCUACAGAAGAUUUUGAGGCAACAGAUAACAUGAAAGAUUACUCCAACAUCCAAAAAAGACAAAAGCAAUAUAAGUGUGAUAUUUGUAUGAAGGUGUGUAGUGGAGCUUCAAACUUGCAGGUGCACAUAAGAUCACAUACUGGAGAAAAACCGUUCAAGUGUGACAUAUGUAAUAAGGAAUUUGUUCAGGCAUCUCUAGUGAAAAUCCACAUGAGAACACAUACAGGCGAGAAGCCAUUCAAGUGUGACGUCUGUGGAAAGACAUUCAUUCAGGCUGCUCACAUGCAUGCACACGCGAGGACUCAUACAGGAGAGCGGCCAUUUAAGUGUGGUUUCUGUGCUAAAACUUUUAACCAUGCAUCAAAUCUUCAUAGACACCUCAGAACACAUACUGGGGAGAAGCCAUUUAAGUGUGAGGUUUGUGGUAAAGGAUUUGGUCAAGGAAAUUCCUUACAAAAACAUCUCAAGAUACAUACUGGAGAGAAACCAUUUAAGUGUUCUUGUGAUUUUUGUGGUAAGGGAUUUUUAGAGUCGGGUGAGCUACGUGCGCAUGUAAGAGUACAUACAGGAGAAAAACCUUACAAGUGUGAUGUUUGUGGUAAAGCAUUUAACGAUCAGUCAAACUAUCGAUCUCACACCCGAAUACAUACCGGGCAAAAGCCAUUCAAAUGUGACGUCUGUGAUAAGGAAUUUACGUUCUCAUGUAAUUUACGGACUCAUAAAAGAAAACACAACCCUGACCAAGAGAAGCCAUACAAAUGUGAGAUCUGUGGUAAGGGGUUGACUGAGGCAGCAAGUCUAAGGCGACACAUAAAAAGGCAUACAGGGGAAAAACCACACAAAUGUGAUGUCUGUGGUAAAGGAUUUAUUCAGGGUGUUAGCCUACGAACACAUAUAAAAAAACACUCCGAAACGGAACCGUUGUGA